AUGACGACCCGAUUCGGCCACAAAGACCAAACUCCCGCUACCCGUCUCGGGCGCUACCGCCUCUUCUCGCCGACGGCGGCGAUCCACGUCUCGCCCCUCCAGCUCGGUGCGAUGAGCAUUGGCGACAAGGGGAGCCAGAUGGGCCUAGGCAACUCGGACAAGGAGUCCUCCUUCAAGCUUCUGGACGCAUUUUACGAUGCGGGCGGCAAUUUCAUCGAUACCGCGAACGUCUACCAAUACCAGUCUUCCGAGGAGUUCAUCGGCGAAUGGGCCGAGGCACGCGGGAUUCGCGACCAGCUAGUCAUCGCCACCAAGUACACGAACAAUUAUCUGCGUGGAGAGGCGUCUGUCAAGCAGCAGGUGCUCUUCAUGGGCAACAACGUCAAGUCCCUUCACGUGAGCGUAGACGCGAGUCUUAAGAAGCUGCGAACGUCCUACAUUGACAUCUUAUAUGUCCAUUGGUGGGACUAUGAGACUUCUAUUCCCGAGAUGAUGAACGGCUUGCAUACCCUCGUCCAGCAGGGCAAGGUGCUGUAUCUGGGUAUCUCUGACACACCCGCAUGGGUUGUGUCCAGAGCCAACGAGUACGCGAGGUGCCACGGAAAGUCCCAGUUCGUGGUCUACCAAGGACAGUGGAGUAUCUUGGAAAGGUCUUUCGAACGCGAAAUCAUCCCAAUGGCACGUGCUGAAGGCAUGGCGCUCGCGCCGUGGGGCGUACUCGGCGGCGGAAAGCUGCGUACCGACGAGGAAGAGGAACGUCGUCGCGAGACAGGCGAAAAGGGUCGCGACCUCUUUGGCCAGGGCUGGGAACGCACCGAGGCGGAGAAGAAGAUAUGCGCCGCGCUGGAGAAGGUCGCCAAAGACGUCGGCGCCAAGCACAUCACGUCCGUCGCUAUCGCAUACGUGAUGCACAAGACGCCCUUUGUGUUCCCUAUCAUCGGCGGGCGGAAAGUUGAGCAUCUGCACGCCAACAUGGAGGGCCUCGGUGUACGCUUGACCAAGGAGCAUAUGAAAGAACUGGAGUCUGUGAUUCCGUUUGACGUCGGGUCACCCUAUACGAUAUUCGGUAAUGGGACGGAGUACACGUUCCUGCAGAGAUCCGCCGGGUUCUUGGACAGAAUGCCGGAUCUUCAACCCAUCACUCCGUCGCUGGAUUGAACGAAGUUUGUUUAAGAUGCUACUUGGCUAUGUAAUGUUUCCACCUGGCACAAUCACUACCGCAUGUAUGAUUACUCAGAACUUGUUGUUGCUUACAUUUU